GAAACAUUGGUGUUCAGAGCCCUUAUCCCUUUCUCACGAGCGAGCUCGGCCUAUCCUAUUCCUAUCCAUGGCGCUACUGGUGCUGGGGGCUGGCACUCUUCUCCCAAACUCCUCCAUAGCUUCGCUUUCCUUCUCCCGUACCUUAUCUGAAGCCUCCUCCCUUUCCAUUUGCUUUUCUGCUCUGCAGCCGCCUCCUUCCCAUUUAGUGUACUGCGGCAGAGGAGAUAGGAAGACCGCCAAAGGAAAGCGCUUCAAUCAUUCCUUUGGGAAUGCGAGACCUCGCGACAAGAAGAAGAAGGGGAGAGGUCCUCCGCGUGCACCGAUGCCGCCGGCACCACCCAGAAAGGACCGUUUUGAUGAUGACGAGGUUGUCAAGAUCGACAUAGACGAGUCCCUCUUCUCUUAGUCUUCUUCUUUUUCCUUCUCUUUCUCUUUCUCUUUCUCUUUCUUGAGUUGUUGUAAAAUGAGCUGCUGCUGCUCUGCUACUACUCCUGCAACUUAACUUCCUAUUUACGCGCUUUUGCUAAUUUACUAUUUUCUUUUCUGCUAUCAA